CUCCUGUUUUCCAUCUGAGGGGUUCAGGAGUGUUGGUUAGCAGAGACUGAGAGGACGGAUGCUGAUUUAUUACUUCUGCAAUUACCUGACAGCACUUUAUCUUUCCUAAACACCCUGCUCUAUGCUGCUUUCACUUGAUGUGGAGACUAUUUUUCAUGCCUGAAAAUUUGUGCCUGAUGCUCCAACAUUCAUAGAGCUUCAAGACAACAGAAGGUGAAGUACUGCAUCAUGACUAGGAAGGUGUUCACGAACACACGCGAGCGCUGGCGCCAACAUAACGUGAACACAGCUUUCGCAGACCUGCGGAAACUCAUCCCCACACACCCGCCCGAGAAGAAGCUCAGCAAGAACGAGAUCCUGCGGCUGGCCAUGCGCUAUAUCAACUUCUUGGUGACUCUGCUGGAGAGCCAGGGAGGAGAGCCGGGAGCUCAAUCGCAAGCCGCGCUCCUCACACUGAUCACGGGGAACAUGCAGAAGCUGCGCACCGAGCGCACCUGGACCAGCGACACCGACCCGCCCUCACCCGGGUCCAGCUGCGACAGCUCAGAAGCCUGGUAGAACGGAACGAAAGUGAGAGGAUUCCGUGAUUGUGAUGUUUUUGCAAGUUCCAUCGCCACGGAGGGACAAAGCUGGAUUUUUGGAACUCGGAAUGUUCGCUAUGACAUCACAAUCACUCAUUUCAGCCAAGCUGUUUGGAAACGAAUGCUCUUUGGAAACACGAUAUUCACCAGUACUGCUCUUGAGCAGGAACCACGAACAACAUAUGCAUGGUCAAGGAUGCACUUUGGAAGCAUCUAACUGACGCUUUGUAGUUUUAAUGUAAUUUCAUUUCCUUGACUGAAUUAACACUCAAGAAUGUUUUGUUUGAGGUUGAAGGCAACCUCCGAAUUGAAACUGUAAUUUAUUUGAUCGUAUUUAUUUAUUUUUUUAUAUUUAUGCUUUCAAUGCGGCUAGUUGUACAUUAAAUUGUAAUUUAUUAAAUGGAAAAUGUUAUUGUUUAAACUACUCUGCAUUCACAAAUACAAAAUAUGUUUUGCCAAAGAUUAUUUUUGUGCAUUCAUUAUUCAAGUGUAGAAUGUCUUUUUUCUCAAAAAUCAAAUAAUUGUUACUUGAAAAUUAUUUAUUGUAUAAAUGUAGUCUGUUUGAUAUUAA